AUGGUGCUGACAUUUGCUCUAUGUUUGACUCAACUACACAUUAUUUACACAAGAACACAGUUCACAUUGUUUAGGGCACUGCUAAAGGAAGGUAAGACGUUCCCAUCCACACUUUUAGCCGCUGAUGAGGGUUAUACUGUAGUAACAAAUAUUAUGGCCACAGAGUAUUUGAACUAUGAGGAUGGAAAGUUUUCCAAGUCACGUGGAACUGGUGUAUUUGGUAACAAUGCUCAAGACACUGGUAUUCCUGCUGAUUACUGGAGAUUUUAUCUUCUAUUCGUGCGUCCUGAAUCACAGGAUUCCAGUUUUUCAUGGGAUGAUCUUGCUCUCCGGAUUAAUACUGAACUGCUCAAUAACUUAGGAAACUUUGUGAACAGGGCUCUAAUGUUUGUGGAGAAAACCUACAACAGUCAGAUUCCAGAGAUAACUUUGGAGGAAGACGAUAUUGUGCUAUUAGCUCUUGUUAAUAGAGAAAUAGCAUUAUAUUCAAAGAUGCUUGAAAAUGCUAAACUACGUGAUGGGUUACGUCACAUUUUGUCUAUUUCCCGCCACGGUAAUCAGUACAUUCAAUCACAGCAACCAUGGGUGAAGGCUAAAGGAUCACCUGAAGAACGAAAACGAGCUGGAACAAAUGUUGGCCUAGCAGCAAACAUUGCGUGUUUGUUGUCAGUCCUACUUCAGCCAUACAUGCCUCAUAUAUCAAAAGUAAUGCAGGAGCAAAUGAAUAGUCCAAAGUCUGUCAACAUUAUUACCGAUAAAUCAAUUAUGAUGCUUCCUCCUGGUCACAAAAUUGGAAAGCCUUCACCUCUCUUCACUAAAAUUGAGCCUACCAUGGCAGAAGAGAUGAAGAAGAAAUUUGCUGGAAAACAGAAAUCUCCACCUCCAGAAUCAACUGGAAAGAAAGGUGGAGCUGCAGUUAGUUCAGAUACUGUUGUCCAGCUUCAGGCUGCAGUUGACAAACAGGCCAAUCUUGUUCGAGAAUUGAAAUCAGCAGGCAAACCGAAAGCUGAAUGGCAACCUCAAGUUGCUACUCUUCUUCAACUAAAAUCUGAUCUUGCUGCCGCCCAGAAGAUUGCCCAGGAUCAAGCUCAGUCUAAGUCUGUACCAGCUGGAGGAACCUCUGAAACUCUUCAAUCACUGCAAGCUGCUGUGGAUAAGCAGGCAAAUGUUGUGAGAGAAAUGAAAGAAGCUGGAAAGCCUAAAUCUGAAUGGCAACCCCAUGUAGCAACUCUUCUCCAACUUAAGGCUAAUCUAGCAGCUGCUCAGAAAGCAGCGCCCUCCGCCCCAGUAGCUCCCAAAGCAGAACCAGCCAGCCCUCCUGCCUCUAACGUCAGUGAACUAGAAGAAGCUGUUAAACAGCAGGGUGAACUUGUUAGGCAAAUGAAAGGUAGUGGAAAAAGUAAAGAAGAAUGGCAACCAGAGGUAAACAAGUUACUUCAACUCAAACAGCAGUUGUCAGCUCUUCAGCCCUCAACAGCCUCUGCGGGUUCUGUAGAUAACAAACCACCUCAGUCAUCCGGGAGCGGCAAAAGUAAGAACAAGAAGAAGAAAUGACAUCGGCGUUAAACUGCACCAAAUUGGAGACAUGACAUAAAAUCAGAGGUGCAGUCUUUACCUGUCUUAAACGCCAGUGUAAACAAAAUAUCAAAUUUAGGGAAGCUUUCAGUGAAAAUUUAUUUAUUUAUCUUACUUGAAAGUACUUGAUUAAUUGUAAUCAUAUGAUGGUUGUGAUUUAAGGUUUCGUAUGAACUUUUAGUUGAAAGUAUUACUGCCCUUUCAUGUCCAAAAUGAUUUUCAGAAGAAAAUAGUUGACAUUUGAAUAAUGAGGCAUAAGGUGUCAAUGAAAUACAGCUAUUUUCUAAGA